AUGGUACAAAAUAAUCAGCAUCAUUUUUUUGCUUUAAGCAAGUCACUGAAAUAUUUUAGUUGGACCUGGGUUGGAAUUCUUACAUCUGAUGACGACAAUGGAGAGAGGGAACAUAAACUGCUGACCAGAUAUCUGUCCAGUGAUGGCAUCUGUGUUGAGUUCACCAUUAAGUUUCCCAAAUAUAAUAUAGUAUUAAGUGACAGAUUGAUGUUUGGGCAGACGAUUGAUAAAUCCACUGCCAAAGUAAUUGUUCUUUGUGGAACAGUUGAUAUAACCAUGGCAAUGCAGUUAUCUUCACUACUGAUUGAGCUCAGUGAAAAGACAUUUGUCCUCACCUCUAUCUGGGCAUCUUACAGUGAUACUUUGGAAUUAACCGAUGAUCUAUUCCAUGGCAGCUUAAUAUUUGUCCCACAUUUCCUAGACCCUGGAAAUAUGUACAAGUUACAAUUUAAACAAUUUGCAGCAGACAGACACCCUUCCAAAUACCCUGAAGAUGUAUUUCUUAAAAAAAUAUGGACAGAUGCAUGCAGAAAGGGUUCUAAUAAAAGGCAUUUACCAGAUUGGCUUAACAACUGCCUUGGAAAGCAACGACUUACAGAUCUUGAAGGUUUUAAUGAUACUUUCCAUCCUCCUGGUGUAUAUCUCGCAGCUCUUACUAUGGCCCAGGGACUUCUUAUUAACCGAUCUAAAGAAAAGCAUGAAAGGGGCUACAGUUACAAACAUCACUUACGUCACUACCUGAAAAGAGUCACACUUAGAGACACAGAGGACCAAAUGUAUUAUUUUGAUGAAAAUGGAGAAUUUCUCACUCAGUAUGGGAUUACUAACUUGUUCUACAAUCAUUAUUACUCCUCCUCCAUGUCUCAGACACAAGUCGGAAAGUACACACCAUGGGCGCCAUCAGAUCACAGACUUAAUAUAAACACAGAGUUAAUACGAUGGAAAUCACCAGACAACAAGAUGCCAAGAUCUCAGUGCUCAGAAAGCUGCCUCCCAGGAUACAGAAAGGCCCCGGCACCUUCAAUCCACACCUGCUGUUAUAACUGUAUCCAGUGUUCUGAGGGAGAGAUCUCCAGUAAAAUUGACAGUGAAAACUGCUUCAGCUGCUCAAGCAUGGAAUGGCCCAAUAAGGAAAACACUCGGUGCAUUCCAAAAAAGGAAGACUUUCUUUCCUACACUACUGAUGUAAUUUCAAUAGUUCUCUCAUCAAUAUCAGUUCUCUUUUUGCUUAUAACAUUUUUGAUAUUGGGAGUGUUUAUAAAAUACUGUGACACCCCCAUUGUGAGAGCCAACAACAGAAGUCUCAGUUUCCUCCUCCUUGUCUCCAUCAAGCUGAGUUUCCUCAGUGUGUUUCUGUUCCUCGGUCGCCCUGGGGAUAUAACCUGCCGGCUGCGUAACAUCACUUAUGGAAUCGCCUUCUCCAUAGCCGUCUCUUCUCUCCUGGCCAAGACUAUCAUGGUUUAUAUUGCUUUCAAAUCCACCAAGCCAGGGAGCUCAUGGGGAAAAUGGAUGGGAGUGAAACUGUCCAGAUCUGUAGUCUUGGUCUUUUCGUCCAUUCAAAUAAUAAUCUGCAUUACUUGGUUGGCCAUUUCUCCUCCCUUUCAGGAACUGGACAUUCACACUUACCCUGGAACCAUCAUCAUUCAGUGCAAUGAGGGCUCAGCUCUUGGCUUUUACUCAGUUAUUGGGUAUAUGGGGCUUCUGGCAGCUGUUAGUUUUGUUUUAGCAUUUUUAGCUCGGAGCUUACCGGACAGUUUUAAUGAGGCCAAGUACAUC